AUGUUUAACACGGGUUUUGCUGUCCUUAUAGCAUCGUUAGCCAUCUAUGCUCUGGGCAAGACUAUAUACAAUGUCUUCUUCCACCCGUUGGCUAGAGUUCCUGGCCCUAAGCUGGCAGCCAUUACUCGCCUUUGGUUCUUCGCCACCGAUUUCAGCGGUGAUUCCUCUGCACGUAUUUUGAAAUGGCACGAAGCAUACGGGCCCGUCAUCCGCGUGGCACCCAAUGAACUCUCCAUCUUCGAUAUCGACGCGUACCUUUCAGAACUCUACGCGCAGAACACUGAUUUCACUAAGGCGCCUUACUUCUACGAUGCCUUCAACAACCCGGAAGGCACCGUGUUCUCGCAGCUGGACAAGGCGGCCCACUCGGCUGAAAAGCGCCUCAUGUCGCACGCCUUUUCCCGUAGGAACAUCGUCGGGAUGCAGCACCAGCUGUACGACCACGUCCACAAGUGGAUUGACAACCUGCGAACCCAUGCAAGAGCACAGAAGCCGAUCCCGUUGAGCCGCGCGGCCCAGUGUCUUACCCUCGACAAUGUUUCAUUCUUCAGCUACGGUGGCACCGAGGGCGCCCUCGAUUCUGAGGACUUCCACAACGAGCUGCUCGAGCAGUUCGAGGCAUUCCCAAAGCUCGGUUCCACCAUCGGCUGGGACCGGUUUAUCAGCCAGAAGGGGCGAGGGGAGACAAACGGGAUGAUCCUCUUCGAGAGCAUGCUCGAGAGAGCCAGGAAAAACAACGUUCAUAUCGACCGCGACAGGGGUAUCGCGAAUGGUUCUCUAAUGCUGGUCGCAGGAACUGGGACUACAGCAGCUGCCAGAAUAUACCAACUCACAAAACAGCCCGAGCUGUGGCUCGAGCUCAAGCGCCAGUUGCGAGCCGCGAUACCAGAAGAUAACACUGAGCCCGACGUAACAGAGCUCGAGAAGGUGCCGCUUAUGGAAGCUGUCGCCAAAGACCCCCAAUGGUAUUAUUGCCGCGACCCAAACGUCUACUAUGAGCCCGAGCUAUUUGAGCCGAAGCGGUGGUUAGUUGACGAUGCGAACGCCCUGCAUGCCAUGAAUCGGAAUCUGGUUGUAUUUUCUAAUGGGUCAAGAAAUUGCAUCGGGCAGAAUCUUGCCAUCAUCGAGCUGAAGUUGACACUCAGCCAGGUUGUGCUCAAUUUCGAACCAGGAGAGACCAAGGAUCCAGAACUGGAGUAUGAAGAGUACGUCGGCUUGACAGAGCCCAAGGGUUUGGUGGAAAUUACUCUGCGUGAGUCGCCGUGA